UAUCUGCCGCUGGUGCAUAUUCCUCCAUAUUCUCCAGCCAAAAAUUCCAUAAUCCAGCCCCAAACAAGCUGGGCCCUGGCGUAAAGUAUCUAAAGUGUAUAUCAAUCGGUGUCGCUCUCUCUGUGUGUGUGCGUGUGUGUGUGUGCUUGGGAGUGCGCUUCGGGAGUGCGCGUGGGUUGCCAUAGCGACCGAGGUGAGGACACUUGUGUGUUAGUGGUGGCGUUCCCUUUGUCUGAUAAUCUGAUAAAUAAAAAGAAAAAAGAAAAGAGCCGAAGAGUGCAAAGCGGGGAGAUGAGAAAGAGAACACCGUGCAGUGCAGUCUCAUGUGUGUAGGUGUGUGUGUGUGUGUGUGUGAGUAGUGCGGCCCGUCUACCUGGAGCAGCUUGGUUUGGGGCCCGUGCAAGGGUAGAAUGCGCUGAUGAGAAGUGAGAUUGAGAGAGCGCGUCAGUGUGGCAGCAUCAACAACAACAACAACAACAACAGCAGCAGCAGCAGCAGCAGCAACCGGAAACCAGCCUAACCCAACAACAACAGUUGACUGCUGGUUGACGUUUUCGUCGCCGCCAUCCCAGGACAGGAUCGCUGGCCGGGCCACUCAAUCAAACUCGCAGCAAAACAGCAAAACAGCAAACCCGCUCCACCAGCCGUGCGUGUCGUGCCCGUGUGCUCCAUUGUGUGUGUACGCGUGCGUGUUGGUGUGGCGCGUAUGUGACGCGUAGUGUUUAGGCCAGUUCGUAUCCUGCGACACUCUAUCAAACCGCCCCCACCUCGCCGGCCGGCCGGAGUCGGCAGCCAACUCAAGCAGAGCCGCGUGUUGCGUGUUGCGUGUUGCCACCAUCGGCCGCCCCUUAAGUAGUGGAGCAACCGGAGAGACCGGAGGAAGCGAAGCGAAAACAAAAAGCAGGAUUGCUGGAUCAGCGAGCACAAGCCUAGGAGCAGACCGUCCUGACCUGAAGUUAGCGCUGGUCAGUCACGGGCCAGCACGUCUGGAGUAGUCGGUGAGCUACCUGCCCAACUGUAGUCACUGCCCAAGAGAAGAAGAAGCAGAAGAAGCAGAAGGAGGAGAACGAGGAGAAGAUCAGCGGAUCAGUGGUUCUGGGAAUGCGUCCCAUGUCCAUCGGAGAUGGGUUGAGCGCGAAGUAACUGGAAGUAACGCUAGUGCGUGCAGUGUGUGCGUGUAGUGUGUGCGUGUGUGAUACCGAGUUUGAUGUGAUACGGAAUUCGUAGUUCCAACAGUGAAUAAAAUAGUGAGCGAAUAAUAAAUAUAAAUAGAAAUAUAUAUAUAUAUAUAUCGAUAAACAAUGGUGCCAGGAGAUGCGAUGGAUCAUCAGCGAUCACGACGACAACGGUACAGAGUACGAAUACAUUGCCAGAACCUUAGCAGCAGCAGCAGCAGCAGCAGCAGCAGUAACCACAACAGCAUACACCAAAGCCAGGAAAUGACGUCCUACCGGGGUGCAGAGAAGCCACCGGCGCGAACGUGGUGCGCUAGGACGCAACAGCAACAGCCCCUGCCGCCGCCGCCGCCGCCGCCGCCGCCGCCGCCGCCACCGCUGCUACUGGUGCUACUGUUCGCCACCCUAACCCUGCUCACCAUCGGUGCCCGAUCGGUGGCCGGGCUUGAUCCAAAGUUCGAUCCUUCGACCAGCAUGCGGCUCGUCCUCGUACCAACCGAUGCCACCGUCGGCUCCGUCAUCUACCGGUUGCGGGCCACCGACGACGAGUUCGAAUAUCCGCUCCAGUUCGAGCUAGUCGGGGAUGCGGCCUCAUCAACCGUCCAGAUCGAGACGCUGCCCUGCACCAAGUUCAACUCGAUCUGCCAGGCGAACGUGAUACUGACGCGGCGGCUGGAACCGGGCCGCUACUACGACUUCCAGGUGUCGGUGAAGGACACCAAGGGUGGUAUGUCGGUGCAGAGCUGCUCGAUCACCGCCACCAACUUCACCACACCGCACGAUCUGAUCUUCCCGCACAAGGCCGGCAUCAUCAUGGUACCGGAGGAUGCCAAGAAGGGAACUGAGCUGGACUACGUGCUCGCCAACAAGAAUCCACUGCAGUCGAAGUCGGUCUACUUGGAGCUGUGGGGUUCACCACUGUUCGGCAUCCGGCAGAAGAUCGUUUCGCCCGAGACAACCGAGGGUACCAUCUUCCUGCUCGGUCCGCUCGACUUCGAGAAGCAAGCCAUGUACCACCUGACGGUGCUGGCCAAUGGUGCCUACGCGGAACCGGGCCAGGAUACGCGGAACAUUGCCGGUCUCGAGGUGGUGAUCAUCGUGGAGGAUGUGCAGGAUGUGCCGCCAGUGUUUACGGUUGCACCGCCGGUUACGCGGCUCCCGGCAGGACUGAUACCGGGUGACAAGGUACUGCAGGUACACGCCGAGGACGGCGACAAGGGAGUACCGCGCGAGAUCCGGUACGGCCUAGUGUCGGAGGGUAACCCCUUCACCUCCUUCUUCGACAUCAACGAAACGUCCGGUGAGAUCGCGCUACUGCGACCGCU